AUGACGCAGUCCCCUAUGAUAUCGUCGCCUCUCAAGGCCACAAACGAGAUCGACUGGGUCACCCCGCUGAAGGACUACAUCAGGAACACAUAUGGUGAUGACCCUGAGCGCUAUGCCGAGGAGUGCGCCACCCUCAAUCGCCUGCGACAGGACGUGAGGGGCGCCGGCAAGGACAGCACCUCGGGGCGUGACAUGCUCUACAGAUAUUACGGCCAGCUUGAGCUGCUCGAUUUGCGCUUCCCCGUCGACGAGCAACAUAUCAAGAUCUCAUUCACAUGGUUCGAUGCCUUCACCCACAAGUCGACAGCGCAGUACUCCCUCGCCUUCGAAAAAGCCUCCAUAAUCUUUAAUAUCUCCGCCGUCCUGUCAUGCCAUGCCGCCCACCAGACGAGAUCCGAGGAGUCAGGCCUCAAGGCCGCAUACCACUCGUUCCAGGCCUCUGCUGGCAUGUUCACUUACAUAAACGAGAACUUCCUGCAUGCGCCCUCGUCCGAUCUUAGCCGCGAGACCGUCAAGACACUCAUAUCCAUCAUGCUGGCCCAGGCUCAAGAGGUGUUUCUGGAGAAACAAGUGGCGGACAAGAAGAAAGUGGCGUUGUUGGCCAAGCUUGCCAGCCAAGCCGCGUACUUGUACGGGCAGGCGGUAGAGGGCGUCCAAGAUAACUUCAACAGGGCGAUAUUCGAGAAGGUCUGGCUUCUCAUGGUUCAGGUAAAAUCCAACCUCAUGAGCUCCAUGUCGCAGUACUACCAGGCACUCGCCGACGACGAAGCAGGCCAGCACGGAACUGCCGUUGCCAGGUUGCAGGUCGCCGAGACACACGGCAAGGAGGCCAACCGCAUUGCCACCAACUUCCCCAACUCAGUUCCACCCAAUUCCAACCUUGGUGCCGAAACGGGCGGCAUACUAGUCGAGCUCACGAAACGGCAUUUGUCGACCGUGCAGGACAAGCUCAAAGAGCUUAGUAAGGAAAACGACUUCAUCUACCACCAAAGUGUACCCGCGGAGGCGAGUCUCACGCCGGUCGCCAAGCUGCCAGCAUCGAAACCAAUUCCCGUCAACGAGCUUUAUGCCGGUCAGGAUAUUCAGCGCAUCACGGGGCCGGACCUGUUCUCCAAGAUUGUGCCAUUGGCGGUGACGGAAUCAGCUAGUCUCUACGAUGAGGAAAAGGCCAAGCUGAUCAGAGCAGAGACGGAGAGAGUUGAUAUCGCCAACAGUGAGAUGGCCGCCAGCCUGGAUUAUUUAAGGUUACCGGGUGCUCUUCAAGUUCUGAAGGGUGGUUUCGACCAAGAUAUCUUGCCAGAUGACGAGUUCAGGACAUGGUGCGAAGACGUUGCAGGGCAUGAGGAUCCGGCAUCCAUCUUUGAUACUCUUCGAGCUGAGAAGGAGUACAUUCUGAGUACGUUGGAUAAGAACUCGAAACAGCUGGACAUGGAGGAAAGCGUGUGUGAGAAGAUGCGGUCGAAGUACGAAAAUGAGUGGACGCAACAACCGAGUUCAAGGUUAACUACAACUCUUCGAAGCGACAUCAGAAAUUACCGAGAAGCUUUGGAGGAGGCUGCACGCAGCGACAACCAGUUGGCAGCCAAGCUGAGACAGAACGAGGCCGAGUUCGAGGAGAUGAGAGCAGCAGCACAACAUGGGAGUAUAGACGCCCUAUUCCAGCGUGCAGUCAGCAAGGUACGCGGUAAGACGAGCAACGCUGCCAGUCCGUCGGGCAACGAGCCCAACCUCCUGGACAUGGAUUUUGACGAGGGUGGCCCGAGUGUUGUUGAUCAGAUCCACAAAGUGGAAGAGAUCAUGAAGAAGCUGAACCUGAUCAAGAGGGAACGCAAUCAAGUGCUGAAGGACCUCAAGGAGAAGGUCCAUAACGACGACAUCUCGGAGAUUCUCAUCCUCAACAAGAAGUCAAUCUCAAACUACGAGUCCCAGCUUUUCCAGUCAGAGUUGGAAAAGUUCCGGCCGUAUCAGAACAGGCUCCUCCAAGCAAAUCACAAGCAGUCCGCACUGAUGAAGGAGCUUACCACCAGCUUCAACACACUUUUGCAGGAUAAAAGAGUCAGAUCGGAGCAGAGCAAGUAUGAGGCGGUGCAAAGGCAACGCACAGCAGUCAUGAACAAGUACAAGCGGGCAUACCAGGAGUUCCUUGACUUGGAGGCUGGUCUUCAGGGUGCCAAGACGUGGUAUGCCGAGAUGAAGGAGACGGUGCAGAGUCUUGAGAAGAACGUUGAGAGCUUUGUCAACAACAGGCGUUCGGAGGGAGCUCAGCUACUGAACACUAUCGAGCAAGAGCGAUCCACCCGCAAAGACUCCCAUGCCGAGCUGGAGCGCGAACGUCUUAGGGGUCUGAUGGAACGUAUGUCCAUGGAGCCGUCCGCAACGUCACCCAAGCCUCCCUCGAACCGUCCGACGCCAUCGCCGCUCAAUUUUGCCAACACGACGCAGCGGUACCCCCAGACCAACUUUCAGGGGCAAUACCAAGUUCCUCAAUCCCCUCCGGCGACUCAACAGCCUUACCCAAGCUUUGCCGCGCCUCCGACCACGCAAUCCUACACGCCUCAACCGGCUAACACGUACGGUCAGCCGGCGUACAACCCCAGCCAAUACGGACGCACACCGGGCCCGACUUCGCCGCCGCCGCAUCAGUCUACCUUUGGGCCAACCGUACUACGGGGCCCAGCCUCUCCUCCCCCAACGCAGACCUCGUUCAACCAGGGCCAACCGUACGGCAGCUUCCCAGCACAACAGCAACAGAUGCCUCCCGGUUUCGUGCCUCCGCCGCCACCACCAGGACCGCCGCCUCUGGGCCCUCAGCAGACAUUCUACGGCCAGCAGGACUACCAACAACAGCAACAGCAACAGCAGCAGCAGCAAAACUACCCACAGCAAAACCCGCACAGUGCCUACCCAUCAAGCGCACACCCCCGUUCUGCGCAGCCGCAACAGAACAGCGAUCCUUGGGCUGGCUUGAACAACUGGAAAUAA